AUGAUUGACCACCCUCAGUGCCUGCAUUUCAUACUAACCAUCUCUCAUGUUUCUAGCUACAAGACUGGAUUACUCAAGACCAUGCUUAACAGAGAUUAUCGCUUGUCUUCAACUUCAAACUUAGUUUUUGACGAAUGCGAACAACUCAAGCGCAUUUUUAAAAAGAUUAAAUAUCCAGGAGUUCUCAUUGACAAAAUCGUCACUAAUUUUGUCAAUUCUGUGGUUGGACAGUCAAGUGACCAGAACACACAACAUCACGAAAAAACUGUCCGAAUUAUUCUGCCUUUUAUAAAGAUCAGAAACCGACGAAUGUGGUCCGUAAACAACUUAAAGACCUUAUACUGCGAAAGCAAACCGGAUGCUGUUAGCAACCAAUGUCUAGUUUAUCUUUUCAAGUGUGAUCUGUGCGAUACAGAUUAUAUUGGCUACACAGCACGGCAUUUAAAUCAACGCGUGGAAGAACAUAAAUCUGAACUAUCAGCAAUUGGACGCCACAUGAAAAUUGGACAUAGCCUUACAAAACCGGACAUAAAACAAUCUUUUAAGAUCAUCAAAAGGUGUAAAGGAAAAUUUGACUGUUUACUUUACGAGAUGCCGUUCAUCCGUGACCGCCUUCCAACCCUUAACACACAAUCUGACUCAAUUAGAUCAAAAGUCUUUGUUUGACUUUGUUAAUUUGUGAAUCGUGACARUACCCAUUGUAUGUUAAACAUUUAA